UUCCAAAUUCUUUAAAAACACCCCCAAAAUCAUAUAUAUAAACCCAUAUAACCACAUAUACACACAACCAAAUUUUUUUUUUUUAAAUUCAAAUCCCUACAAACAAAAAAUAAAUAAAUAAUUAACCCAAAAUUCUACUCAGUACAUAUUUUGUAAACCAAAAGAUGUAUCCAAGUGAUAUAAUUACAAGUAACAUAAACUACCUAAACUCCCCACCAAUUCCAUUACAAUUACAAUUCCAAUACACACCCAACAUAAACUUAUUAAACCAAAAUAAUAAUAAUAAUAAUUUCCCAACAUCAGACGAUUCAGAAGAAAUACAAGAAAUAAAAAUAAUUGAUGAAAGAAGACAAAGAAGAAUGAUAUCAAACAGAGAAUCAGCAAGAAGAUCAAGGAUGAGAAAACAAAGACACUUAGAUGAACUUUGGUCUCAAGUGAUAAGGCUUCGAAAUGAGAAUAAUAAUUUAAUUGAUAAGUUGAAUCAAUUAUCAGAAAGUCAUGAUAAGAUCUUACAGGAAAAUGUUAAGCUUAAAGAAGAAGCUACUGAUCUUCGUGAUAUGAUAAGUAGUAUGCAGUUGGAUAGUACUUAUAAUUGUUUAAGAGAUUUGGAGAGUGAUAGUAUUCGCCAUUGUAAUACUGCUCAUCUUCGUGCUGAAUCAUCGUCUAACCAGUCUAUUUCUUGUUCUAAUAAUUUACUUUUGUAAAAACUUUAAUAAUUAAUAUAUUAUAUUGUUUCUUAUAAAAUUUAAUUUAUAAGAGUUUGUUUUUCCGUUGUUCUAAUUGGAACAAGUUCCGAUUCUUAUAUGCUCUCUUCUUACUUUUAUUGAUUUGCCCAACAUCAUAAUUUUAAGGUUGAUUUUGAGAGAAAAUCUAAAUAAAUUACAGUUACAGUUAUUCGUGAGGUUAACAA